AAUCUCAAAGGUACUAAUGCAACUUUUUCCACUUAUAUGCUAGUAGACAACUUAGACAAAGGUUUUGAUUUUUAAAAAGUCGUUUCCAAGUGCUUCCUAUCGCAUGACAUCAUCUGCUUCCUGCUCCUUCCGGCUGAAGACAUGGCUGUUGCAAAUCGUCCUGGAAAGAGGUCCUGGAAAAGCGGGCAGAAGGAUCUCCUCUCCUUCCAGAGGCUGGUAGCCCUGACCCUCCUUCUACGCCAUGGAACAAAGCCAAGUAGGCAGGGCAGAAGGUCUUCAAUGGCGGUGGCGAUAACUGAUGCCACCAGGUUUGAUAGUUUGAACCACUGGCCCUGCAACACUGGUAGCAGGUACAAGCGAUGCAAGAACUGUGGCGGACGCACAUCAUUUGCGUGUGGAAAGUGUGAUGUGCCACUACAUGUGGAGUGCUUCAAGAAGUACCACACUGAGUAGAACAUGCAUGAAAGAUGAUGGAAUGUAUGGGAAGAAAUAUGUUAUAUAUAUAUAUAUAUAUAUAUAUAUAUGUUUUUAGAGGUUCUAAGAAAAAACUGUUUGUUGAGGUUUUGAGUAUAAAAAAAUUGAGAAUAAAGAAACCAGUUCAAA